UCAAUGAAAUGUCAAACGAAUAACAGUCGGUGUGAAUGUCAGUUUGUUGAAUUGAAUUGAAUCGUAAAUAAUUUCUAAAGUAACAGAAAACGCUUGACCAAAUUACGCCGAUUUUCUACUUAACAGUGAUUUAUAAAACAAAUAAUCAAUAUGAAUACCAGUUUACGAUUUGUUUUAUACAUCUGUAUCGUCCUGAACGUAGUGCCUUACGUUUUCAGUAUAAAAUGCUGGAAUUGCCGGUCGAGCAAUGAUCCUAAAUGCGCUGAUCCGUUCGACAACAGUACGGUGCCAAUAACAGAUUGCAAACAAGAAAAGGGAUUGUCUCAUUUACCAGGAGUCCGGCCUUCCAUGUGCCGCAAGAUUAGACAAAAAGUGAAUGGAGAAUGGCGUUACUUCAGAGACUGUGCGUACCUGGGUGAGGUGGGAAUCCAAGGAGACGAGAGAUUCUGUCUCAUGAGAACCGGUACUUACAACAUUUUCAUGGAGUACUGUACUUGUAACAGCAAGGAUGGAUGUAAUUCUUCAUCAAUGUUUAGUCCGUUACCUUUAUUCUUUAUUGUUUUAACUACUGGUAUUCUGAAGAUGUUAUCUUAAUUUUACUUUAGAUGUGAAUCUUCGAUGGCCAGUCUUGAUAACCUAUCAGUAGACUAGCAACUC